CCGUGAAGCCGACAAUAACUCACCAUGAAGAUCAUUCUGUGCCUCUCGCUUGCCUUCGUCCUGGUAUCCCAGAGUUAUGGCAACUCUCUAGACACUUGCCAGGGUCGCUGUGGUUACGGGACGGAUGCAGGAUUCACCUGUCAGUGUAACUCGGCUUGUGAGCGCUACGGCGACUGUUGCCAUGAUUACCAGAGCCUCUGCAGAGGCUCCUUGACCUGUGAUGGCCGCUGUGGUGAAAAGUAUGAUUAUCAGAACAAAUGCCACUGCAACAGUGAGUGCAGCAGACACAACAACUGCUGUACCGACUACAAAGACAUCUGCUUAUCAGGCUCCCUGUCUUGCAAAGGUCGUUGUGGUGAGCAGUAUAACUCCCAGAACAAAUGCCACUGCAACUCUCAGUGCGGCAACCACAACAACUGCUGCAGUGACUACAGUUCCUUGUGUGGAGGUGAUUCUGGAGGUGAUUCUGGAGGCUCGGGCUCUGGCAGUGCUAUUCUGGACAGUGAGAUCACUGCUCUCUCAGAGGUCCUCUUCGCUCUGGACUCCAACAAGGCGUCCAUGUCUGAGGUGAUCCUGAACACUCAGGCCCUCGUGUCCGACUCCCAGACCAGCAGCCAGCAGGACCUCUCCCCUAACAAGCUGUUCCAGUUUGUGGACGAGGCCUCUCUGUUCUCUAAGCCCACCUACGCUGCCUUCCUGGGCCUGCUGGACAACUACUCUCGGCAGACGGGCAUCACGGAGGUCUUCAGCCCCGAGCAGCUGGCCGAGCAGGACACCUUCCUCACCGAGAGCAUCAGCAACACGGAAGUGGGCCAGGAGCUCUACGCCUUCCUCCUCACCAAAGGCCUGUACAAGUCUGAGCAGGAGUUUAAGGAUGACCUGAAAAUGAUGUGGUUUGGACUGUACAAGCGCUACAACGGCAAGUUGGACUCCAGUGGCUUCGAGCACAUCUUUGCAGGGGAGGUCAAGAAUAACAAGGUGUCUGGCUUCCACAACUGGCUGCAGUUCUACCAGCUGGAGAAGCAGGGUCUCCUGAACUACUACAGCCACAGCUUCAACGGCCCUUGGGAGACCUACCCUGACGUGUUGGGGAUGCAGUUCAAGUGGGACGGCUACUUCAAGCAGGUGGGCUCCGCCAUCAUCGGCUGCAGCCCUGAGUUCGACCUGGCCCUCUACAGCCUCUGCUACAUAGCCCGGCCUGGCAAACAGUGCAAACUGAGCCUGGGAGGUAAGCCUCUGAUCAUUCAGACGUACACCUGGGACAACUCCUCCUAUGGCAACGGCAAGAAGUUCAUCGCCUCGGCCUUCCCCUCCACCCCCAGGAGCUAAGUCAGGAGCUGGGACUGGUGCAGCGCUAUAGUUCCGUACGCAUAAAGAAAUA